GAUCCAGUUCCGCUUCCGGCUGCACGGUAGUGCUCUGGGUCACCAUGGGCAAGUCGGAUUUUCUGAGCCCCAAAGCCAUCGCGAAUAGAAUCAAGUCCAAGGGGCUCCAGAAGCUUCGCUGGUACUGCCAGAUGUGCCAGAAACAGUGUCGUGACGAGAAUGGCUUCAAGUGUCACUGUAUGUCUGAAUCUCAUCAAAGACAGCUGUUGCUGGCGUCGGAAAAUCCUCAGCAGUUCAUGGAUUACUUUUCAGAAGAAUUCCGAAAUGACUUUCUGGAACUUCUGAGGAGACGCUUUGGCACUAAGAGAGUCCACAACAACAUUGUCUACAAUGAAUACAUCAGCCACCGAGAGCACAUCCAUAUGAAUGCCACUCAGUGGGAGACGCUGACCGACUUCACCAAGUGGUUGGGCAGAGAGGGCUUAUGUAAAGUGGAUGAGACACCAAAAGGCUGGUAUAUUCAGUACAUAGACAGAGACCCAGAAACUAUUCGCCGGCAACUGGAAUUGGAAAAAAAGAAGAAGCAAGAUCUUGACGAUGAAGAAAAAACUGCCAAAUUCAUUGAGGAACAGGUGAGAAGAGGUCUGGAGGGGAAAGAGCAGGAGACGCCUGUUUUUACAGAAUUAAGCCGAGAAAAUGAUGAAGAAAAAGUUACAUUCAAUCUGAAUAAAGGAGCAGGUAGCUCAGCGGGAGCAACAUCAUCCAAGUCAAGCUCUUUGGGACCAAGUGCACUGAAGACCCUUGGGAGUGCAGCAUCAGUGAAACGAAAAGAACCGUCCCAGAGCUCAGCUCAGUCUGCAAAGAAGAAAAAGAAGUCUGCACUGGACGAAAUCAUGGAGAUUGAAGAGGAAAAGAAAAGAAAUGCGCGAACAGACUCCUGGCUACAGCCUGGCAUCGUUGUAAAAAUUAUAACCAAGAAACUUGGAGAGAAAUAUCACAAGAAAAAGGGUGUCGUUAAGGAAGUGAUUGACAGAUACACAGCUGUGGUGAAGAUGAUUGACUCUGGAGACAGGCUGAAACUGGACCAGACUCAUUUAGAGACUGUCAUUCCUGCACCAGGGAAGAAAAUUCUAGUUUUAAAUGGUGGCUACAGAGGAAAUGAAGGCACUCUAGAAUCCAUCAAUGAAAAGACUUUUUCAGCCACGAUAGUCAUUGAAACUGGACCUCUGAAAGGACGUAGAGUUGAAGGUAUUCAAUAUGAGGACAUAUCUAAACUUGCUUGAGCUUGAAAAUUUGUUAACAAUACAUUGAAAUUGUAAAACAUCAAAUUGGUGUUAGUCAAGGUACUAUGUAACUCUACUGUGUUAGGGAAUUCAUUUCAUAUAAAGAAUGUUUCUAUUUAAAUACUACUGGAUAGUUGUUGGGUAAAUUUAUAAUGAAAUCUAAUGUUUUUUAAAUGCCAAAACUGUCUUUAUCUUUGUUCCUUUUUCUUUCAUAAUACUCCCUUGAUGUUUUUUUUUUAACCAUUAUUAAAGAAUACUUAGUAAAGUUUCAUAUAAGACAAUUUGGAAAAAGCCGAUUCAUAUACCACAUUAGUGUCUGUGUGUUUCUAGUCAGGCAAGCUUGACCUUCAUUCUGGUGAAUCAUUGGAGUCACUUAUUUUUUGCUAAAAUAAGAUCAAUGAAAGAUGUCACUUUAUUAAAAAAUCCUUUAGAAUCUGUUGAGGCGUCCCAGCUGCUAAGAGUACCAACUUUUCUUCCGGAGAACCUACUUUCACUUUCCAGCAUCCACAUAAUGGCUCACAACCAUCCAUAACCCCAGUCCUGGAUCCUGUGCCCUCUUAUGGCCUUCGUGAGCACUGCAUGGUAUGCUCUACAGAUGUCCGUGCCUG